UAGCAGGUUCCCGUUGGAUAUCAACGUAUAGAAGGUUCCUGGCUCUUCUUUUUCACAUACACAUUAUAGACAGAGAGCACAACCAAAAAUCAAGAUGCCGCGCCCACGAUCAGCAAAUUCAGAUAUGAGCGAAGGGGAUUUGGAGGUUAUGGUUGAACAGGAACUGCAGAAACUGCAGCGACAGUUUCGCCUCAUGGAAGGAGACAGAGCUGCAUAUACAGAAGAAUCCCAAAACCUCAUCCGUAGACAGAAGAGAGAAAUCAGUCACUUAGAAUGUGAGAAACAGGAACUUAUGAAAGAGCUUCGGCUGGCAGAGAGCCACCACAACCAAAACAUGGAUGAGGACAACACAGACACACUUGUUACUCUUGCUCAGGCUAAAGAGGAUUAUGAUUCAGACAUUGCCGAUGAAAAGAGAAAAGCUGUAGAAUUAGAUGCUAAAAUCAAAGAAUGGGAUAGAAAAAUACAUCACCAGCACAAAAAUAUGGGAGGAAUACACAUGAGUUCGCAACAUACAGUUCAAACACAGAAAACAAUCCGUACAUUGGAGAACAGACUUGAUACGGCCAAAAAAACUUUUAACGCCUAUCUGACAGAAAAUUCGAAAUACAGAGAGGAAAUUGAAAGCUUACGUGUCGAAAGAACAAGGUUUGACGGUCUGUAUAAAAAGCUUGAUAAGGAGCUCACAGUGGCCAGACGGGAAAAAGGAGAACUUAUUGAAAGCUCAACACAAGCCUAUGAUGCAAGGGACGAGGCUCAGGCAAAAAUGAUUCUGCUGAAGGAAAAAGCAGAUAAGGACAUGCAGCAACACAAUGCUGAAAUGAAGGAAUUGCUUCAGGCCAUAGAAGCUGACCGCAAGAAGGAAAGUCAAGAAGAUUCUGUGGAAACUUAUGAGGCAGCUUUCGAGAGGAUUAGAGAGAUGACCAAUGAAACUGAUCUGGAUCUGUUGGUUGCUAAAUUCAUCGAAGUGGAGGAUAGGAACUUUGCCCUCUUUAAUUUUGUCAAUGAGCAAAACAAUGAGAUUGAAACACUACAGGAGCAGAUUGAAGAUAUAAAUAACGAAAUAGAAAAAUUCAAACUGCAAGGUAUUGAACUGGAAGAUCAGAGGAAGAAAAUACUGAAGGAACUGGAAGAGCAGAGUAACACUGCUGCUGCUAAUGGUGAUGCUGCUGAUGGAAAGAAUAAAGGAAUCACAAAGAUUCUGGAUCAACUUCGAGCAGGUAUAUCAUCCUUAUUUAGCAAGAUCAACUGUGACAAGUCUGCUAUCGAUGACAUGUUAGGAGCAGCCUCAGGUGUGACAGACUCCAACAUGAUACAAUACCUAGGAAUUAUUGAACAGCGUACCAACGAACUCUUGGCUGUACAAGGAUAUGUCAACUCUAAGGACCUUGACAAGAAACUCCCAGUUGGAGCUUUCUUAGGAGAGGGACCAAAUCCACCUCAAUCCCAGUUACCUAUUAUACCACCUGCUGUUGGUGAUGAAUAUGACAGUGAAGGAAGUGAGGGAAGUGAUGAUGAGGCUAGACCCAUGACCAGGAAUGAACUACAGCGACGCGUCAUGAACACAGUGAAGAAACGCGAGGCCGCUGCAAAGAAACAGGAAAAUAGAUAUGACCUGUCGAAUGCCAAAGAAAAAACUGCAAAAAAUAAGAAAGAUAAGAAAUGAACAGUGAAGAAAAUACAAGAUCUUAAUAAACAUGUUGGUGAUUGAGCAAGAGACAAUACUUAUAGGCAAUGUACUGAUAGAUAGAACAGACCAUCGUGUGGACCUUCACCAUAAAGUUUACUAAAAUAUUGUUGACAUGUUGUUUUUUGGACUAUAUCAUCAAGGUGAACUGGGAUUUAAAAAAAAAUUAAGAUGUGAAUAUUUUAAUCAUAGUUAAUCAAGAAAGCACAGAAUUAAUUUUAAUUAAGUUUGAUAAAUUCUUGGAAAAAAUAAGUUAGAAGAAAA